AUGGUGUGUGUAUGUAGGGGCGGGGGGAGCCGGUGGAGACGUUCUCUCCAAAACUUUCCAACGAGGCCCAGUCGGUGGAUUCCCUCCUCUCCGACAGUAUUAGAUGAGAUCCGACAACUCACCAAGACUUCCCAGCGGUUUCACCGACAAUUCUUCACCGCAACUAAACCCCUUGUGUCGAUGAUUUGCUCUCCGUCACUGGAAGCCAACGAAGCUGCCCUGCUCACCCUUUUUAACCUCGCUGUUAUGGACGAAGCGCAUGGAAGGAUACUUGAACCAAUAGAAAAGCUGAAGGGUGGAUCAAGGAGCCGAACUCCUAGACCAAGUUCAAAGUAUAGAGAUGAAUACAGGGGAUACAAGAGGAGAAGUCGUAGCAGAAGCAGGGACAAAUAUUAUGGAAGGGACAGAGAUUGUUACAGAAGUAUGACCCGCAACAGUAGUAGGAGCCCUGAUUAUCAUAGAAGACACGGGAGGGGUAGAUAUGAUGAUGAUUAUGAUGAUGAGAUAAGCCCAAGUAGGUAUUCUGUAAGAACUAGGUCUCCUCCACGUAGGAGUAGGUCACCUUCUAGAAGCAGAAGCCCUAAAGGAGGGGGAAAUGAGAAAGCAUCAGCAUCAUCACCCCAUUCCCAUGGUAGAGCUGAUUCCAGAAGCCCUUUACAGUGUUUUGAUUCCGAUAAUUUUUUUCAUCAAAUUGAAGCCACAGUUCUGAUGGCUCUUCUUCAUCUUGCACCUGAAACAUUUGAUCUCUUUGAUGAUCUGGUUGUAUUAUCAGAAGGUCAUGUGGUAUAUGAAGGUCAACGAGAACAACUGCUUCAGUUAUUUGAUUCAUUAGGUUUUCAAAAGCCCCUACGUAAAGGCACUGCAGAUUUAAUUUUAAGAGGUAUUUGA